AUGUUCAAGAACAAAUAUCUGAGAAGAACAAAGCUCCCAGAGGGAAUACGUAGACUUGAAAGCAUCCCAAGCCUCACUGAUGUGCAUGCUGGAGGUGACAUCACAGAAGAACUAGGCAAGGUGAUGAAAAAUCUAUCUGAGAACCGAGCAUUAGUUCUUCAGCACCUGCCUGGUCUGAAAAAUCUAAACCUGUGGCAUGAUUAUGAUGGAAAUCAGCGAGGGAAAGAAUUCUGCAAAGCUGGGUGGAUUUGCCAAGCUCGAGAAAGAUUGAAACCUGAUGGCAGGGUAGAAAAAGACAAGAUUAGGCACAUUCCAACAGCAGAGUGA